AUGGAAUAUGCUAGAAGAAGAUUCCUCAAUACGUCUCAAUCAACUGCGAGCUCUUCUACCAUGGGUAAAAUGAAACGUCGUAUCAUUCCUCGUGAUAUAGAGCAAGGCCGUGAGCGCUUAUACAUAGAUUAUUUUUCUGAAAAUCCAGUCUACCCAACAGAUAUGUUUCGAAGACGAUUUCGUAUGAGUCGUGAUGUGUUCUUUCGCAUACAAAUGGAGGUUGAAAAGAACGAGUCUUACUUUGUGCGUAAGCGAAACGCUGCAGGUACACAAGGAUUAUCUUCACUACAAAAAAUCACAGUGGUACUACGAAUAUUAGCUUACGGGUUUUCCUCGUACUCCAUUGACGAGUAUGUGCGCAUUGAAGCAAGCACUGCCUUAAAGAGUCUUAAAUUGUUUACUAAAACAAUUGUUGAAGUAUUUGGGAAGGAGUAUCUAAGGUCACCAACCCCCGACGAUUUGAGACGUUUGCUAGCACAAGGUGAGAAUCGUGGGUUUCCCGGAAUGUUGGGAAGUAUUGAUUGCAUGCACUGGACGUGGAAAAAUUGCCCAACCGCAUGGCACGGGUCUUUGAACGACAUAAAUGUUCGCUUGCAUUAUAUUGCAUAA